CACACACACACACACCAGCUGAAUUUGCAGAGCUAGCACGCAAACUAAAGCAAACGUUAACCAUCAAGCUAGCUAGUACCUAUUCCAUUUAUGUGGCGUCGUCAAAGAUGGAAUCUUUGCUAUCGUCAGUUUAUUCCAAGAUCAGCAUGCAGCUGGAGUGCUUCAAAGUCCCUGUGAUAAGGUUAGCGAUAAACAAAUCCAAACUGAACAGAACUACACUCUCUUCUACCAUUGUCUUAAAUAUAUUUAAUGGUCUCGUUGCAAAAGCUAAAUUGUCGCUAGUGAACUUUUUUAUUUUAUUUCACCUUUAUUUAACCAGGUAGCAAAGAUUAUAGCAAACACCACAGUAACGGAAUUGGUGCUCGCUAGCUUUGCAAAUUCAGCAAUUGUUGGAAGCCAGCCAAUAUGAAACAAACUAUAUUAAAAUUACGAAAGGUUGCAGCAUAUGUUGUGUAAAUGGUGAACUCAUACAGCUGUCAACUCUUGUCACUGCAAUCCGUUAAACAUUUGCUAGUUACCUUUUAGAUCGAAGCACAUAUAGAAUGAUAGAAGAUAAGAUGAUAGAAGCCCAUCUCCUACUGUAAAUAACCUACACACUGUGUGUGUGUGUGUGUGUGUGUGUGUGUGUGUGUGUAGCCAGCCAGCCAGGUAGACAAAUGGCAGAAAAAAGACAGACAUCAGAGUAUUUUUCAGUACACCAAAACGCAAAGUAAGAACCCUAGUAGCCUAAUAUCUCAAAGACUAGUUGAUAAAAUGUUCAUAAGAAAGAAGUGAAAUGCUAAUGGAAAUGUUUCACAAUGAUGUCAUUAGGCAGAGCAGGCAACAGAUGGCACACAGACAGCAAAGUUGGGGACAGAUAUGCAGGGACAGACUGGCAGAGACAGGGAGUCUCAGGAGACAGACUGUGAGUCAGUGAGGGUGGUGAAAGGGAAAGAGCCAGGGAGAGAGACUUCAGAGAACAAUGUCACAGCCACGGCAGGACCAGGUGUCACCCUUGUUGCCAGCAGCACCAGUAUAGGGGACAGUGGCACAGCAUUGUCCAGUUACCUCAGUGAUGGCACAAAACUAUAUCAGCCACACCCACAAUUUAUAGAACCGCAAACUCUUGCCAACAGAGUGUUGACGUUUCAAGAGAGAUGGUUUCGCGAUUUCCCCUGGCUACAUUAUAAUCCAUCAAUAAAAGGAGUGUUGUGUUUUCACUGGAGCCAAGGGUUUUCAAGACAGCCAUCUUUUGGCCAAAGAGCAGAUGCUGCCUUCAUUAGUGCAGGAUUUAGGAACUGGAGAAAAGCCAUUGAAAAAUUCACAGCACAUCAAAACUGCCAAACCCACCGCCACUUUGUAACUGUAACAGCACACCAGCUAAAUCCAAUCAGUGUCCAGUUAUCCAGCGCGUGGGGUAAACAGCAGGAUGAUGCAAGGCAUUGCUUGAUGAAAAUUGUUAGUUCGGUGCGGCAUGUAGUAAGACAGGGACAAGCCUUUAGAGGCCACACGGAUGACAGUGGGAAUUUAUACCAGCUUUUGAAACUUAGGGCAGAAGAGGAUGAUCCCAUUUUACUGAAGUGGUUAACAGAGCGUACCACAAUGUACAAAGGCCUCAAAGCACGGAAUGAAAUUCUGAACAUCAUGGCCAAUACAGUCAUUCGAGCCAUUGCAGCUGAGAUUAGGUCUCUUCCGAUUGUACAAUUUUCAGUAAUUGUUGAUGGUACUCAAGAUGUCUCUGGUGCUGAACAGGAGAGUGUCUGUCUGCGUUAUGUUGACCAUGACCUUGUCCCUCACAAGGAGUUUAUUGGGCUAUACAGGGUGUCGGAGACAACAGGCGAGGGCAUUGCGAAAGUGGCAACUGAUGUGUUGUUGAGGCUCAAUUUGCCCAUGUCUGGCUUACGUGGGCAGAGUUACGAUGGUGCCUCAAACAUGGCAGGAAAAUACACAGGUGCACAGGCAAGUGUGAGGAGGCAGCAGCCAUUAGCCCUCUAUGUACAUUGUUGAGCACACUGUAAAUCUGAUUACACAGGCUGGCUGCUCAGCCCCCCACUGAUCCGGGAUUCCCUUUCUUGUGUCCAUCAGUUAGGUGUCCUCUAUGGCCAGUCAGGAAAGUUUAAGAGCAUGUUUGAAUCAAUUGUCACGUCCAAAGAUACAAAUCUGACCACCCUGAAACCCAUAUGUCCAACAAGGUGGACUGUGCUGAAUACUGCUAUUAGAGCUGUGCUAGGGCAGUAUGAACGGGUACUAAGCAGCCUAGAGGAGAUGGCAAAAUCUGCAUCCAAGACAGCUUCAACUGCCAGUGGCUUAUUCGAGCACUUCAGCAAAGGCAAGACUGUGUUGGGCCUCACACUUGCCUCUGCUGUUCUUGGAGAGCUUGAAUGUCUAAACAUUUCACUGCAGAAGAAAACUCAGACUGUCUCUGGUAUGCAGGCUGCAGUCGAGUGUGUGCGGUCAUCUCUUAGGGGAAGAGAAAUUACGAAAGCUACCGUUGACUGUAUGAGAAAGCAACAACAUUGAUUGACUCUAUUGAAUCCAUUGAGACGCACUCAAGACGAUUUGCUGGCAAAGCAGUGGAUCACUAUAGGGCAGAAUUUUUUUAAGUAUUGGAUGGUGUGGAGGUUCAGUUAGGUGACCGUUUUGACCAGGACAGUCUAAACGUCCUGCAAAAGUUGGAAAGAGCGCUUCUCACGGGGGAGUUGGAUGAUUCUCUAGAUCAGUACCCAGAGGUGAACAUAGAUUCUCUUUCAGUGCAGAUCCCUCUCUUUCACAACAAAUACCCCUGUAGCAGCAGUGGAGAGG